AUGGAUGGACAACCCACUGCGAAGGCGCUGCACAAUCGCAUCAACGCCGACAUCUCGCAACUGUUGCAACGGUUCGAGAAUAUCAUGGCCACUGCGACGGUCAACAACCCCAGUUACACGGCGACUGCCGUCGAGACGUAUCAACUAGAUGUCGAAUCCACUGCUCUGAUUCGCGCCGCAGAGGACAUUCUCGCCUUGACCCGUACGAUGAAAGAGACCUGGCUUUUCGGCAAGCUUGACACUCUCGGUGAAAAUGAUCGUGAUGUCCAGCGCCGUGAAAAGCUUGAAACAGAUGUUCUCGCAGUUCAAAAGGCCAUUGAGGAGGGAGGGUUCCUGAAGGUAUCCCAAGAGAAAUAG